AUGACAGUUCCUAUGCUCUCAUGGGUAAAUAUGGUACUUUACUUUCUGCAGCUCGUCGUGAAUAAGUUAUCAGCACGUAGUAUUGGACCCAUAUCACGACGCUAUGAGACACUCAUCACGCCGGCGCCUUAUGCCUUUAGCAUCUGGAGCUUCAUCUACGUGUUCGUGGCCGUGACAGUCGUCGUGGACUGCUUCUGGCCCUCUCUCUCCUUCUACUCAAAUGCCCCGAACGCCAGUGUACUGCGCUCACUAUUUGCUAUUUCGUGUCUUAUGAACAUGGCAUGGAUCGUCUUCUUUACCAAUGAGCACGUGAACGUGGCCACGGUAACGAUUGUGGUGCUGUGGCUUUCGCUUUUCGCCCUCUACGCGCACGUUGUGACUGACCGUCGUGACAACGGAUUCAACUUCAAGCGUUAUAUAUGCAGUGAGCUAGGCAUUGUCAUCUACUUUGCUUGGACCUGCGUGGCUACACUUAUCAGCUUUGCUGUUACAGCUCAGUACAUUGCCAAUGACUACCUGUCGCUCACUUCGUACGUGACGCUACUGUCAGUACUGUUGGUGGCAACGCUGUCCGCCGUCAUCUACGAAGGUGACCUGGCGUUUGGUGUUGUGGCUAUCUGGGCACUGGUUGGUCUUGCAGCCAAAAGCACGGCACUGGAGCCGCGCGUCGAGAUCGUCGCGAUGAACAUUCGCGCUUGCGCCACACAGAGCGCCGCUGUCGUUACUGCUUUCAUCGUGAUCGUGAUUGCGCACAAGUUACUGGCCUCCAAGACGCAUUUUCAGCCGGUGCAAUUGGGUGCUCCACUGUUCGACGACAAGACAUUGCAGAACUUGGACUACGGCACGACUACAAACGUUUAA